ACGUGCAUUCCGGUGUCACGCCCUCCUGCUCGCUGCCGUCAACGUUGACCAAGGGGUGUUCAUCGUCGUGCUGUUCCUUCUGCUCGGCGUCCUUUCAUUUACAUCUCUGGCUGCUCACGUUUCUACAGGUUCUGCUCUUGUUUCGAACAUGGAAGCAUAUCAAGCCAGACUGGAGUCCUUCAGCAAGUCAUCGAAGCGGACGAAACAUUCUUCGAACAAAGCCUCAACGAGCGCACUCAAAUGGCCUCAUCCACCUUCUUACAAGGCAAAUCCAAACGCACUAGCGGAAGCCGGUUUUUACCAUAAUCCUAGUUCAGAAUACCGUGAUAACGUCACUUGUUUUCUAUGCGAGAAGCAACUUGCGGACUGGGACAAGGAUGAUGAUCCAUUCAACAUACACUGGGACAAAUGCGGAAACUCCUGCCCAUGGGCUACCGUUAGAUGUGGCUUGAUGGAAGACACGGAUGAGAAUGGCCACUAUAUCUUUCCCAACCCGACGCGUCUGCCGUCGAGCAAAACUAUGGAGAAAGCCCGUCUGGAAACAUUUACUGCAAAUAGAUGGUGGCCUCACGAUUCCAUCAGAGGACACGGUGCCAACUCCAAGAAGAUGGCAAAGGCGGGCUUUGUAUACACGCCUCAAGCUGCAGGCGAUGACACUGUAACUUGUUUCUACUGUGGAAUUGCCUUGAGUGGAUGGGACGAAGAUGACGACCCACUAGAAGAACAUCAUAAGCGCGAACAGAAAGCUGACGCGUCCUGCCCGUUCUUUACAACAGCGGCGCUCGGUCGAUCGACAUCACGGCCGCCGCCGAAAGCUUCCAAACCUCCCUCACGUACGGUUUCCCAAUCAAAGAAACUAAGAUCUACUCCAGUGGAGGAAGAUGUCUCUGAAGAAUCGGACAAUGAAGUAGCGAUCCCAGCUGCCAAAUUGGGUGGAACGCGCUCUAAGCCUUCAUCACAAAGUAAGAGCACUAGUCGAGCACCAAGCAUUAAUGCUUCAAGUUCCAAAACGCCAGCUUCACGGAGGUCAACACGGGGAACGGGCACAAAUGGAAAGACACCAGCAUCCCGGGGAACAGUAGGAUCAGAGAUUGAGGAGGAAACUGAGGCCAGCGGUAGCGAGGUGGGUAAAAAAGUUUCCAGGUCAAAGAAGAAGGGGGCAUCUAGUAACAAGAAGAAGAUUGAGGCGAUCAAAGAAGAAGAGGAAGAGAGAUCUGAUGAAGAGGGUGAGGUGGUAGUGGAGAAACCAAAGAGAGGUCGUCCAAAGAAAACUACUACGGCACAGCCAAAGACGAAGAAGAUGCCAGUGGAGAAGGAGGACGAUACAGAUCUCGAACCUGCGCCUGUGAAACACACCCAUACACGAACGCGGUCUAAGGCAAACUUGGAUUCUGAAUCGGAAGUACCCCGAAAACAGACACAUUCACGGACGAAGUCGGCUUCGAAGUCAAAGAGCAAGAUUGUUUCGGACGACGAAGCACUGGCACCCAAGUCGUCUCAACGAUCCGUUACCGGGAAGGGCAAAGCCAAGCAGGCCCAACAUGAUGAGUUGGAAGACCUUCCGCCUCCUGCCAAAUCUAAGCCUUCUUCAGCUAGUAAGGCGGUCUCACGAUCGAAAUCCAAGGCGAAAGUCAUGAAGAGCGAGUCCGAAUCCGACGUGGAUCCCAUUGUUCAAGUGCACUCAGACCCGGAAGAGGAAGCGGUACCGCCUCGAUCGACCUCAAAGGGAAAACACCCGGCGAAAGCAAAGCCUGCUUCGUCAAUAACCAAAGGGGACAGCUCAAGUAAGGCGAAAGCCCGUACGAGCUCUCCUACUUCUGACGAUGCUGGUUAUGUGACAGCCGAGCUUCCCAUGGAUGUGGAUGACGAGUUCCAUCAAGCACCUUCAAAUGAUGCGCCGCCUCCAGUGGUGGCGAAAUCCAAAUCGCAUUCACCUUCCGGUCUUUCAAAUCCAGUGAUUUCGAAGACCAAAGUGACUAAAUCGGAGGAGGAUGUCCCAAUGAAGGAUGCUCAUCCCGAUAGAGAUAGUGGCAUGACAGAGUCUUUCAAAGCCAAAACGCCUCCAGUGAAGGCUGAACAGUCACAACCUCGCGCCUCGCAGCGGCCGUCUGUUCGACCUGGGUCUCGUCUUACGAACCGUGACCCAUCGGAAAUGGUGGUUGUCACUAUCAGUUCAGACGAAGAGAUUGAAGAACAGCCGAAGCCGCCUAGUAGAGCCCGGACAGCAACAGGCUCGUCACAACUCUCAAAGGCGACCUCUGUUCCGUCCACUGCAUUAUCAACUUCUUCAAGCUCAGGACGGACAAAAUCUUCCAUAAGCCCACAGGAAUCGUCACAUAGUCAAGUGCAUUCAGGACAUAUCCCAGCGACAGUCAAAACAACGACGGACUGGAUGCCGAUGGCCACCAAGGUGAAGAAAGGCAAAGGCAAGAUGAAGAUUGAAGUAAUCAUUCCUGUUUCCCCUGUGAAGCCGAGGAAGAUUGCUCAAGACGUCAUUAUGCAUGACACAAGUGAGGUGGAAGAUAGUGCCAAAGACGAAGAUCAUCUGAUGUCUUCCAUCGCAGAUCGUCCAUCUCAUGAAGGUAGCAUGGCGACCCCGCCACCACAAACGCCAUCAGUCUCUCCUGUCGUUGAACGUCCCUCAACACCACCCGCUCAGCUCAUUCCCUCUUUCGAUGCUGGACCUUCAGUACCUGACGAGAAUAAGUUGGACGAGGCCCCUUUCAUACCAAUAUCCAAGCUUACGUCGCUGACAGAAGAAGAGGGCAGGAUGACUAUCGAACAGUGGCUCAGACGAGAGAUUGAGAUUCAAAGCCAAAAGAUGAAGGAACUCGGGGAGAGUAUGAUUGCUGAUUUUCUCGAGACGUCGAAGAGAAGAAGGAAAGAGAUCGAGGCAUUAUAGCUUCACUCGGACACUUGCAGGCACUGACUCAUAUAAUUUAUUGCUGUCUUCACUCGCUAUCGUCGUCAUCGCUCGCACCUCACCUUGUAUUUUGCACAGAUCUGUAUAUGGAAUUCACCCUCAAUCGCACCGAUGCAGGCAUAGUUAUCAAAGUGAUAUCAUUUGGAUCUAUUCUACGCUGCCAGCAGCCUCAAAUAGUAUAAACGAACACAAGUCCUGCAGACUAGGCAGUAACAAUCUGAAUCGACUCCUCUGUGAUAUUAUCUACAGAAGGAGCCUUCUUCAGGGUCACUGGGCAAACAGCCUCACCGAUAUCUGCCUCCAAGGAGAGAUCAGACACCAGUCCUUUUCCAUCAGCAGGAUUCGUUUCGGGGGUGAGAGGACUAUUACUCUCAAGAGUACUCGACGAGGACAAGGAUGAGAUAUCCUCAUCUGUGUCGGUGGACGCCGAGCCGAUCGUGAAGACCGACUCAGAAGUUAAAAGAAGGCGGGGUAUGGGGACCAGACUGAUGCGAUCUGGGCGGGGACGAUCGAAGAAGUAAUCUUCGUCAGACACCAUGGGUGGAAUAGCGUGUUCAAUGACAACACUCUCCCUCGCGGGGGGCUUAUCCAG